AUUUUUAUCUGCCAGCCCUUUCAGAUCAACAUUUUCUCAUUAGUAUUGAUUGGCUAUAUCUUCAGAAACAGGAACACUGUUUUCAGGAUAUGUUUCUGAAUAAUCAGUGCACGGGUGCUUGAAUGCAUAAAUCAAUUCAAAAUAAUGAUGACAGUUGAAGGUAUAAAAUGUUGUACCUGAAUUAACCAUGUAAGGGGAAGGGCAGCCUAUCAUAGGAUGAACGUAAAUAAAUCGACCCGGAACUGCACCAUCGAGGCUGUGUGAAGCAUAGCUAGAUUGGAGAACGAAGAACAUUAAGACGUAUACUCAAAUAUACUGGAAACUUAUAUGACAUAAGGUAGUAACUAAGCAAUAAUACAUCAUAAUGGCGAGGUACAGGACGGAGUUGACGAUCCCCAUACACAAGACAGACCUCACGUUUGCCGAACGCCAAAAGAACCUUUGGGGCGAUAUGGAAGCAGAAAUGGAGCGCAGACGACAGGAGUGGGAGGGGGAAAUCGAUCGUAUGCGUCAAAGUUUCUUCAAAUUGAAACCAUACGAGGCUAUGCGAGGCAGUAAGGAGAACCUUAUUGAUCUAACUGAAAAGAAAAAUCAGCAAUCCGUCUUUGUUGAUGAUAAAGAAGGGAAUCCACAAUUCAAGGUCAGAUUUGAUGUGGCUGGUUUUAAACCUGAAGAAAUAAACGUCCGUACACAAGAUAAGAAACUAAUGGUUACGGCCAAGCAUGAAGAGACCGUUGAAGGCAGCCAAACGAUCAAACAAUUUUCCAGACAGGUUGAUAUCCCAUCUAACGUAGAGGCAACCGAUUUAAGUUCAGUAUUGACUAAUGAUGGGGUCCUAAUCAUCCAAGCACCACUCCCUGCUCCUGGUUACGCUAAACUCCAAAUCUCGACUCCAACUAAGCGUCUUCCAACUGGGGGCCCGGUCUACGUUGACGCAGAUGGCAUAAGGAAACUGCGUAUCGUUGUGGACGUUGGUAAAGAUUUUAAUCCAGAAGACGUCACUGUUAAAACUGUUGACACGAAGCUUCUCGUCAGCGCAUCCAAAGAGGAGAAAUCCGCUAAUAGAACCAUGCAAAGGACAUUUAACAAGGAGUAUGAUAUGCCAGAGAGCGUCGAUCCAUUCACAAUUAAUGCGUUCUUGGAUGAUGACGGCAAGCUAACAGUUGAGGCUCCGCUGACGACAUACGCUACUCCUUCUCCUUCGCCCACUACCCCCACCCAGAAAAUCAACAUCUCUGUGAGGAAGUUUCCCUUGUCCCCAUAAGACGCAGUGGAUCAAUGGUGUCAAAAAUCAAAUUGUAUAUCACUUCAGUUUUUAAAUAAUUAAUUAGAGAUCAAUCAGACAUAAUUUGAGAAGGUGUGUGUUUCACAUUCAAAAAGGCAUAUAAAGACAUUGGUCAUUUGAAAUUUCAAUUUGGGAUUCAACACACCAGCGAACACACAUGGAUACAAAAUAUGCAAAUAGUAGCUGCGAAUAUGUUGGAAAGAUUCCCAAAUAACAACUUAUCAGUUAUAAAUAUUUACCAAUGUUAACGACUUGUGAAAACGAAUCGAAGUAGUUGUUAAUUGUUGAAGUUAUGGCAUGGCAUUUACAAUUAUAUAUUAUAAUAUUUCAUCAAAUCUAAACCUACUAUGAUAACGUGAACUAUAUUAGAUAACGUGAACUUGGACAAUGUUGUUUUAAGGGCUAGGUUUGUAGCCUUUCUAGCUAGGUCAUGUCAUAAUUUAUGCUUAUAAUAUGUUCUUUAUACUCAUUAAAAUCAAAAAUAUUUUCCAAACGAUUUUUAUGUUUCAAUGAGUGAUGGGUGAUAUAUCCGAAUAUAAGGGUCUUUCAAAAGGUUUUGCACCGAAUCUCCUCAAGAGAAGGUAUGUUUUUUUUAUUCUACAAAGAUACAGAUACAGUUUUAUACUUCCUCCAUGCUUAUUUGAGUCAGGACCUUUACUUCAUGAGAUACAUUAUUUGUAAAAUAGUACUUAUAUAAGAUCUCUUAUAUAUUAUGAAACCUUGACAGUGUAAGGAUAUAAGGUUGUGCGAUCUACCUACUAAUAUAGUUGGUUCUAGGAGAUAUUUGUCAAGAACUUUUUGAACGACCCUAAUAAUUUUCUCAAUUCUUAUUGCUUAAACAGCCGCUUGGCUCAUGAUGUCCCUUAUUGUCACUCACAUUUGAUAACUUUAAAAGUGAUAUGAAGAAACAAAAUGGGCUGCCAUUUUGAAUUCA